CAUUCUUUUGUUUAUACAAUACAAGCAAUUAGCCAACAUCACUUUCCUCUCUUCUCAUUCAACAUGGCUUCUUCUACAACUCUGUCAAUCAUGCUUCUUGUUCCUCUUCUUGUUAGCUCUCUCAUGGUUGUCGCCCUGGCUGGUAACUUGAACCAAGAGUUUGACAUAACGUGGGGGGAUGGUCGAGGCAAGAUGAUUAACAAUGGUGAGCUUCUCACUCUCUCGCUCGACAAGGCAUCAGGCUCAGGUUUUCAAUCCAAGAAUGAGUAUCUCUUCGGCAAGAUCGACAUGCAGCUCAAGCUCGUCCCUGGAAACUCUGCUGGCACUGUCACUGCCUAUUAUUUAUCUUCAAAAGGAUCAAACUGGGAUGAGAUAGACUUUGAAUUUCUGGGAAACUUGAGUGGUGAUCCCUACAUCCUUCACACAAAUGUGUUCAGCCAGGGAAAAGGAAACAGAGAGCAGCAAUUCUAUCUCUGGUUUGACCCAACCGCAGAUUUCCACACUUACUCUAUCCUCUGGAACCCCCAAAGAAUCAUAUUCUCGGUGGAUGGAACUCCUAUCAGAGAGUUCAAAAACUCAGAGUCCAUUGGUGUCCCUUUCCCGAAGAGCCAGCCAAUGAGGAUAUACUCAAGCUUGUGGAAUGCAGAUGACUGGGCAACAAGAGGUGGCCUCGUGAAGACGGAUUGGAGUCAAGCUCCCUUCACUGCUUCCUACAAAAACUUCAAAGCUGAUGCUUGCGUCUGGUCUUCUGGCAAAUCAUCUUGUCCUUCAACUUCAUCAACUGCAUCGUCCAACAGCUCAUCGUGGCUCUCACAAGAGCUUGACACUACUUCACAAGAGAGACUGAGAUGGGUACAGAAAAACUACAUGAUCUACAAUUACUGCGCAGACGUUAAGAGGUUUCCUCAGGGCCUUCCACCAGAAUGCAAAACCUCAUAAGAGAAAACAGAGCUGCCAAUGCAUUGCAUUAAAUGUUGGCUUAAAUUCUUUCAUUCUUUUUGUCAUCGUGUGUGAUGACAUGUUUGAUUAUUUUUUAUGAUGUAAUAUAUCUCCCUUUCAUAAUAAAAUUUUGGUCCUGAGCAUUCAGAUAA